UAUAAUAAUUCAGAGACAGAGAGGCAGACUCCAAAGUUCAUUAGUCGUGCAGCUGUCAUUCGGUUCUACAAAGCCAACCUCCGCCUCUUCCCCUUCUAUACAGCAAAUUAUCGUUUGCAGCUGUCGAAUCUCUCUCUCUCUCUCUCUCUCUCUCCACUUUUUUCUCCUUCUCUCACACUUGAUGUUCCAAACAACUCAUCAAAUAAUAACAGCAACAACAAUAACAUCAUAAACUAUAUCCACCUCUUUCUCUGUCUCUCUGACCCCUCUUUCAAUGAUUUUUUCACUCUGAAAAGGGCGAAUAGAGUUGGAGGCAUAUAUAGAGCUGAUCAAAGCUAGCAAAGAAAAUGAUGUCGACACAGAUUGGUAUUAGCCUGGUCCGCUAUCUCUUGUGCCAAGCCUUAGGGCUAGCCAUAAAGUGAUAUGCCAGAGCGUUCAUGCACGCCGAGGGAUACCAGCCAUUCGUCAUUGGUUUUGAUGAUUUAGAUGCCAAUAUGGCUUCCCCACAGUACCGAUCACAGUUCGGAGACACCACGUUUACCAAAGUGUUUGUCGGAGGCCUUGCGUGGGAAACACCCACCGAAGAAAUGCGCAGAUAUUUCGAGCGGUUUGGGGAGAUUCUCGAAGCUGUGAUAAUCACCGAUAAGAGUACAGGAAAAUCUAAGGGAUACGGAUUCGUGACUUUUCGCGACCCGGAAUCGGCAAGGAGGGCUUGUGCUGAACCAAACCCUGUGAUCGAUGGGCGGAGAGCCAACUGUAAUAUCGCUUCGUUUGGACGACCCCGACCUUCACCUCCCCGAGGAAGAAAUCAGGGAAGUAGUUCUUACCAAGGACGUGCACCACAGCCUCCAGAGCCACAUGGUGCACUAUCCUAUAGCGGAAUCCCAGCAGCCUUACCUCCGCCGCCGCCGCCUCUUCCUCUUCCUGUCAUUUAUCCGAGUUUUGGGUAUCCAACCUACGCGACUGAUUAUGGCUACCACCAAGCUCUAUAUAGCACACAAUUCCAACAGCCACAAUACUACCAGAAUUUGUACGGCACAUCUUCUCCCUAUUACUAUGGUUUCUCGUCAUCAUCCGAAUCCCCAAUUAGGAGAACAUAUUCUACAGUACCCCGGGACCAACGCUCACCUGGAUUCCUACUCCCUACCUAUCCUUCUCCACCAUUUCAACCACCCACAAGACAUGAUCCUGUUCCGUCUUCUACCGGGUGCAAGAACAGCAUAAGGCACCCGAGCGGAAAGCCUCUAAAAGAUUUCCGAACUUUGCAAAACCAUUACAAGAGGAAGCACGGGACGAAGCCCUUCGCGUGUCGCAAGUGCGGGAAGCACUUGGCAGUUAAAGGUGACUGGCGAACGCACGAGAAGAAUUGUGGCAAGCGCUGGCUUUGCAUUUGCGGUUCUGACUUCAAGCACAAGAGAUCGCUCAAAGACCACGUUAAAGCAUUUGGUUCUGGUCACAGCCCAUUUGCACGGCCUGUACCUGGAAGCUGUUGAGAUCCAAACUCGCGUCAACAAACGCAUCGAUGGUACGCUUAUUGCACCAUUUUUGCUCAUGAGAAGUCACGCGUGUGAGCAUAUCAUAGGCCGAACUAGAGGAUAGCACAUGCUGCGCAUCUAUGACUCCCAGGAAAGGAAAUAAAUAUAGGCCCCAGAUAGUGAGAAUCAUGAGAUGAUCAUUUUGAGUGGAAUCUUAAUGAUUUUAGUUUUCUCUGAUUUCAAAACUUAACUCGUGAAAGAGGGAACAGAGGGUCAGUCAGGACCAAUU